AAAAAAUAAAAAAUAAAAAAAAAGCCACAUUUGUACUCUAUAUAAGCCUAUUGAAGUCAUUACCUUGCAGCCCCAUCUUCAACACCAGUUAACGAGCAAGAUUUUCCAUAGCCUAUCAAUCUUUUCUCCUAAGCAUUUUUUUUUUGGGAAAUCUUUGAAUAACAGAGAGGAAGAAAAUUAGCCAACAAAUUUAAUGGCUAAUCACAGUUGGCUUACCGGAUUAAUCUUGCUUUCGUGCUUUGUAGCAACUUGCUAUGGCACGGUUAUGUUCUCUUCGCUGAACCGAGCUCUCAUAGUCACUGCAACACCUCAAGCAGGUCAAGUUAUGCAAGCUGGGGAAGACACAAUCACCGUAUCAUGGUCGUACAACACGAGCUUCCCAGCUGGCACAGAUUCCAACUACACGACAGUAAAAAUCAUGUUGUGCUACGCACCAAUCAGCCAGAUGGACCGCGGGUGGCGCAGAACGGAGGAUCAACUGAACAAGGACAAGACAUGUCAGCACGAGAUAGUCUCCCGGCCUUACACCCGUUCGAACAACAACUUCACUUACACGGUUCAGAAAGAUGUCCCGAGCGCCACCUACUUCAUCAGGGCUUACGCGCUCGACUCCCAUGGCGCAGAGGUUGCCUACGGUCAGACCACAAAUGCCCAGAAAACAACGAAUUUGUUUGAUGUCCAGGCAAUCAGUGGCCGCCACGUGUCGCUGGAUGUUGCCUCGGCUUGCUUCUCGGCUUUCUCGGUGAUUUCGUUGCUCGGGUUUUUCUUCAUGGAGAAGAGGAAGGCGAAGUCACAGUCGAAAUGAAGUGUCUUCUUUCUGGGUGAAUGCUUCAUUUUGAAGUUGUUUUAUGUUGUGUGUGCAAUAGUGAGCUCUAUGGUAUUCUAUCUAUGUUUGCAUGUAAUGUAUCAAUGUAUGUUCAAAUAAAAGUAUUUACAGUCUUCUCUUCUUAUUGGUCUUCCUAACUAAAUCGAUGCUAUGUUAUUUUCAUGGUAAGGUUUAAUCUAAUUAAUUAAAAAAAAU